AUGGCCGGGAGCGUCCGAGGAGUCCCGCCUCCUUGGUGGCCGGUGCCCUGGUGGCUGUUGCUGUGCCCGCUGGCCCCUCCGGCGGGCCCGUGCCCCUUCCACUGCUUCUGCGUGGGCACCCCCGCCCUGCUCCGCUGCAGCCCCGCCACCCUGCGGGGGCCGCCCCCCGCCCUGCCCCCGGACGCGGGCAACCUGACCAUCGUGGGGGGCAACCUCAGCGUGCUGCACCGGGCCUACUUCUUGCCCCGGCCCGCCCCGGCCCCGUCCCCGGGGGGUGGGGCCCUGCCCCUGCUGCGGACCCUGCGGCUGACCCACGACAACAUCCAGGCGGUGGAGGAGGGCGCCUUCCUGGGCCUGCCCGCCCUGGGCCGGCUGGACCUCAGCCACAACCCCCUGCGCUCCCUGGCCCCGGGGGCCUUCGAGGGGCUGCCGGGCCUGCGCUGCCUGCGGCUGAGCCGCGCCCUGGGCCGGGGCGGGCCGGGGCUGGCCGGCCAGCUGGACGUGGCCCUGCGGCCCCUGGGCGGGCUCCGCCGGCUGGGCCUGGCACACAACGGGCUGGCACGCCUGCCCCCGGCCGCGCUGCGCCUGGCCCGGCUAAGGCGGCUGGACGCCAGGGGGAACGCCAUCCCGGGGCUGGGCACCGCCGAGCUGGAGCUGCUCCGGGCCCGGGACGCCGGGGACGCCGGGCUCCCGUCGGGGCGCGUCGACCUGGGCGCCAACCCGCUGCGCUGCGACUGCCGCGCGAGGGCGCUGCUGAGCUGGCUCCGCCGCGCCCCCUGGCGGGUGCCGGACGCGCGGGCGCUGCGCUGCGCUGCCCCGCGGGCGCUCCAGGGCGCCGCCCUGCUGGCCCUGCCCGAACGCCGCCUGCGCUGCGCCCCGGAGGGCGGCCUGGAGGAGGAGGAGCAGGAGGAGCAGGAGGAGCAGGACCACGACGACGACGACGAGGAGCUGGAGGCCUCCUACGUCUUCUUCGGCCUCGUCCUGGCCCUCAUCGGGGCCGUCUUCCUGCUCGUGCUCUACCUCAACCGCCGAGGCCUGCAGCGCUGGCUGGGCACCGUCCGGGCCGCCUGCAGGGACCAGAUGGAGGGGUACCACUACCGCCACGGACAGGACGGGCAGCCCGGGAGGCCCUAG